UUCUCAAAGCUCGUUAUCUUACUGCUGAUCACCGGAGCCAUUUGCUGCCGCUGCUGCGUCGUCCCAUAUCGCAAAUUAAUGGUUUCUUGCAGUUUCUCAAAGCUCGUUAUCUUACUGCUGACCACCGGAGCCAUUUGCUGCCGCUGCUGCGUCGGCCAAGGCGGAGGCGAAGAGGGCACUUCAGUCGACUGCAUACAAAGCGAACGGAGAGCUCUGCUUGCUAUCACAUCCAACGUGUCCUCCAACGGCCUCUCCGGCGAAGGGUUCUCCUCCUGGACUGGUAAUGACUGCUGCCGCUGGACAGGAGUCACGUGCGACAACGCCACCGGCCAUAUCACCGGGCUUGAUCUGUAUUUCAGUUACCUCGUCGGACAGAUUCCGGAGAGCCUGGGGAACGGCCUCGCUCACUUGGUCUCCUUAAAUCUGUCGAACAACAACAUCACCGGAAGGAUUCCAGAGAGUUUGGGGAAGCUUGUCAGGCUGCAGGAGGUACGCUUGUCUGAUAACCAUAUUUCAGGACAGAUUCCAGAAACGAUUGGGAAUCUUCCAAACUUGAGAGUUUUGCAUUUAGAAGGCAACUCCAUUACAGGGCGGAUCCCAAGAACCCUGGGCGAUAUGUGCAACUUGACAGAAUUAGAUCUAUCCCAUAACAAAAUAGAUGGAGAGUUGACAGAUUUGCUAGAUGGUUUGUCUAGUUGUGCUCAGGGAACGCCUCUGUCAUCAUUGAAUGUUCAGGGCAACAACUUGAGCGGGAGCAUCCCCACAAGGCUUGGCAAAUUAUCUCAAAUACAGAAUUUAUACCUGUCGUCUAACUCAUUCCAAGGCGACAUCAACGAAACUCACUUUUCCAACCUCACCAAUUUGUACCUUUUGAAUAUCUCUUCCAACUCCUUGAAGGUGAUGCUGUCGAGUGAUUGGAUUCCCCCGUUUACUAAUGUCUUCUACAUUGAUAUGAGCUAUUGUCAUCUAGCUGCGUUUCCUAACUGGAUUCGGAACCAAACUACCUUGAGAUUCCUCUACUUGUCAAGCGUUGGACUGUCGGGAAAUCUUCCAGUUUGGUUUUCCGAUCUCGAGUUGGCCGCUGUUUUCUUGGAUUCCAACAACUUGACUGGUCCAUUACCUCAACUGGGGUCUAUAAUUAGCUGGAUCAAUCUUUCCAAUAACUCUUUUGUUGGCCCUAUACCACUGAGUGUUAACCAUGAGAGUUCCCUCUACUUUUUGUUGUUGUCGCAUAACAAGCUCAAUGGCCGUGUUCCUUCCUCCUUCUGCAAUCUGACUGCCCUCGAAGUUCUCGAUCUGUCUGAUAACAACUUGACUGGGGAAUUCCCCAAUUGCAGCAACUCAUCUCCCAACAAUCUGCUCUAUUUACACUUGAACAACAACAAACUCUCUGGGAGAUUUCCCUCUUUUCUGAGAAAUUGUGGAAUGUUAACUACAUUGGACAUGGGUCAGAAUAGAUUUUCUGGUGAAAUACCAACAUGGGUCGGAAGUAGCUUUGAAUUUCUGUCGAUCCUUCGUUUGAGCUCAAAUUCAUUCACUGGUGCCAUCCCAGUUAUAGCAGAUCAUGCUCUUCUUCGAGUUUUGGAUCUUUCAUCCAACAGUCUUUCAGGCGAAGUGCCGUCGUCUCUGAGGAACCUGACUUCUGUUAUUGUAAGAGCAAACACUGGCAACCUUUUUGCAUAUGAUGGUUAUCUAGAGAGUAUCUUGAUCACCACAAAAGGAACAACUAUUGAAUACACUACCAGUGUUCUCAGUUACGUAGCAAGCAUCGACCUGUCAAACAAUGAUCUUUCUGGUGAGAUCCCAAUUGAGCUCACAGACCUUCUAGGGUUGAAUUUCCUGAACUUGUCAAGGAAUCACAUAACAGGAAAGAUUCCAGAAAAGAUUGGCAGCCUGACACAACUGGAAUCACUUGACUUGUCCUGGAACAGUCUCACCGGAGAGAUUCCCUCUGGCAUAUCGGAGCUGCACUUCCUUAGCCACCUGAAUUUAUCUUACAACAACUUGUCAGGAAGAAUCCCAACUGGCACCCAAUUGUCCACCUUGAAUGACUCCUCAAUAUAUGCUGGUAACGGAGGCCUUUGCGGAAUGCCAUUGCCACGGUGCAGAGAUGUAAGCAGUGAAGCUCCAUCUGAUGCAGGAGACAAAGAAAAUGGUGACAAGAUUGAAAAAAUAUUCCAAAUCAUUAGCAUUAUCCUAGGGUUUGUGGUUGGUUUUUGGGCUUAUGUUGGCACAAUCUUCAUGAAGCAGAACUUAAGAGUUGCUCUUUUCCGAUCGAUCGACAGGAGCUCUGACUGGAUCUACGUGCAGUUGGCACUCAAGUAUGGAAGACUGAAGUUCAAAUGGCAAAGGACUUGAUUGUUUCAAGUCGUUGCCUGUGGCGUUCAUAAUUUAUCAUUUG